AUGCCACCGUUGUUUCGUGGGGCAUCCCCUCGUGCCUCGCUUCCCGUCGUGGCGCCGCGCCUCGCCGCGCUUCCUGUCCCAUCGUGGCGCCUCCCCUCCCCUCGUCGCGCCUCUGCUCCUUACAUCGCCUCCCCCUGUCGCCGUGCCCAAGUCGCGAGCUUUUCCGUCCGCCCGUCGCUCGCCAAUCUGCACGUAGCUCUCCCUUCCGCCCAUCGCUCUCCUUUCCGCCCAUCGCUCUCCCUUCCGCCCGUUGCCCUCCCUUCCUCCCGUCGUUCUACCUUCCACCGUCGCCCUUCUUUCCCGUCGUCGUCCUCCCUUCCGCCCGUAACCCUCCCUUCUUCCCAUCGCCCUCCCUUCUUCUCAUCGCCCUCCUUGCUGCUCGUCUCCUCGCUUUCCCCGUCAACCUGUCUCCUUGUCGGCCGUCGCAAUCUCCAGGGUUCCCCUCUCUCCUCGUCGCACUCGCGUUCCCCGUCUCCUUGCUUUCCCCGUCUCCUCGUUUUCCCUGUCGCCAUCCAAUGCUCGUCGCCCUCGCCCGUCUCCCUUCCCAUCUCGCACACUUGUCACCCUCCCAUCUCUCCCCUCACUCACUCCCUUCCACCCAAGAAUCCCCUUCGAUCCCCCCACUUAUACCCCCUCCUGCACUGCUUCCCUCUCUCCCUAUUCCCACCAUUCUCUGCCCAGCUCCCCACCAUCCUCCGCCCUGCUCUCUCCCCGGCAUCUGCCCCGUUCUCCCCCAUCAGAUUUCCCUGUGUAAACGCGCCCCCCCUGGCCUGCUUCCCCCUAUCCUCUGAUAAUCCCCCUUCUCCCUGUCCCCGUUCCCCCUGUCCCCCUUCUCACUGUCCCCCCCGUCUCUUUGUCCCCCGUCUCCCAGUCCCCCUUCUCUCUGUCCCCCUUCUCCCACUCCCCCGUCUCCCUGUCCCCCUUCUCCCUGUCCCCCUUCUCCCUGUCCCCCUUCUCCCAGUCCCCCUUCUCCCACUCCCCGUCUCCCACUCCCCCUUCUCCCUGUCACCCUUCUCUCUGUCCCCCUUCUCCCACUCCCCCUUCUCCCAAUCCCCCUUCUCCCUGUCCCCCUUCUCUCUGUCCCCCUUCUCCCACUCCCCCUUCUCCCACUCCCCCUUCUCCCACUUCCCCUUCUCCCAGUCCCCUGUCUCCCACUCCCCCAUCUCCCAGUCCCCCUUCUCCUUGUCCCCCUUCUCUUUGUUCCCCAUCUCCCAGUCCCCCUUCUCUCUGUCCCCCUUCUCCCACUUCCCCUUCUCCCACUCCUCUUCCCACUUCCCCUUCUCCCACUCCCCCUUCUCCCUGUCUUCCUGCUCCCUGUCCCCCUUCUCCCUUUCCUCUUUCUCCCUAUCCCCUUCUCCCUGUCCCCUUUCUCCCUGUCCCUAA